UCGUUAUUUGUUCUGAUAGCGUAUGUAGCAUGUAGUGAUAUCGUUGACGCCUGUGGCCAAAAGAAACCAUGGCUCACUUAAAACUCCCCAUUUUAACGGUCCUUUUGCUUUUGGUGGGGACGAGCCUAGCAGGCCCGGCCGCCGAGGCGGUUCCGGAGCCGCUGCCUGAGGCUGCUGCAGAGCCUGAACCUCAGGUGGCCAUGCUGCGUCUCAACCUUCUAGACAACCUCCUGUACUCCAUCCUCACCCCACUACUGCCCCUCGUCUGUGAGCUGGUCCAGCUCCUCAACGGACUCACGACAUUCCUGCUCCACGCCCUCGUCCUGCUGCUGCUCGACUACCUGGGCCUGGGUCCCAUCGACCACGACACCAUCUUCAACCUGUUGCCGCUUGUAUAGAUCCACCAGACAUAAGAAAGCAAAAACCUAUCGUCACCCGAGACUACACACAAAGUGAGAGUCGGACAAUUAGCAAAAUGCCGUUCAAAACAAGCUCGCACAAAAAGACUACGGACUGUCUUGUAUCAUAGUUUUAGAAGGUAUUGAAUUUAAGGGAUGACGUUCGAAAUAUUUAUAAAUAGAUUGAAACACUGGAAAAGUAUGUACUUUAAAGUAUGUUUUGUAAUAAAUUUUAAAAACUCUCGUAAUUUAGUUCCUAAUGAAA